CCAAAAUUCCAAAUUUUGCACUCACGGCCCAAAUAAAGAACAAAUCUCUCGUAUUAUCAAACCCGCGCCAUCGACGCCAUUCGCCGGCGAACAGAAUGCGGUGCCGAGAAACGCUAAUCCGGUGUUCUCACCGGGGAAACUGUGAGAUAAACCCUAAGAUUUCUCGUCCGUUGAAAUUUCACCGUAGCCGCGACGGAGAAGAAGCUUCGCAUCCGUUGGAACGAGAAACGCUGACGCUUCCCCUUCUUCGGAUUGACGGAAUUCUCAAGUAGCAUUGAUGAAAAACUUUUUCCUGUCUGGUGGCUGAUGAUACUGCCAUGUUAUGCAUAACUAUGGUUCCGGGCACUCGUCAGCAGUGGCUUACGCGUAAUGCUAUCUACGCGGGAAAGAGGGAAAGGAUGUCGUGAAAAUGUUGAUUGAAAACAAAAUCGACAAAAUAAUGUGGAAAGGAAGAAAGAUGAAGCGGGUGAUGCCGAGAUAUGGCGAAUAUAUAAAGGUGAUACAUUUUUGUUUUCAGUGAAGAAGAAAAAAAAAUAGCACGCAGAGGCAUGUAGUCACGACAUGUGUGAGUUUUGCUCCUUUUUUUUCUUCUCUUAAAUAUCUAUGAUUUUACAUAUAUAGAAUCAGUUUUUAAUGUUUUGAGGCUGCUAUUUUCCUAUUAUGUCUUCAAUUUAUCAGGUGUAAAUUAAUGAUUUCUAAGAAAGGAUUCAUUUUUCUACUUUUUUCUGAAAUGGAAGUUUGUUUUGGAUUCCACUAUUUGUUUUGUAUAUAAUGAGGUGUUUUCAGAGCCUAGAUACAGAAGAUAAGCUUGAGAAAAAACGCAUACACCUGAGGUAUCAACUCUUGUUUCCUUCUCUGUCAUUUUCAGCUGCUUUUUCUUGUUUUUUUUUUCACUGGUCGCUUUCAGACACUCGUUCUCUCUCUCUCUCUCUCUCUCUCUCUCUCUCUCUCUCCCCAUCUCUCUCACUCUCACACACACUUACAUGUUACACCUUGCCUGUUGAAAUCGAGUAGUUCAUCUCUGAUUGUUUGGAAUUUUUUCUCGCAAAUCUAUCAAAGGUGUGUACGCUCAUUGUCUUAUAUUUUAAUGAAGUAUGUAAUCCUUGUAACAGAAGAGAAAUCUGUGUUUGUUUGGAUCUCUCUCUCUCUUUUUUCUUUCAUGUUGUAGAUGAUACUUCCAUUUAGAUAUGGCAGAUCAAGUGUUAUACCAUAUCAAAGUUCCAUUAAGCUUUAAGCAGACUAUUAACCUGAGUCGAAGGUAGGACUGUUAUACCUAGGUCUUGAAUCAUGGUUAAUUAAUUUGUGUUCUGGAUUUUAUGUUGUUUUUCACUAUAUACCUGAAUCACACACACACACACAUAUAUGUGUAUAUAUCAACUGCUGACUAUCGUUCCUUUUGUUGUGACCAACGUAGAUAAAUUGUUAUUCCACUUGACCGAAUGAAAGAUAGGAAAAGAAAAUACCAACAUAAUACUGUUGGGAUCUUUUUGCUUUUCCCGCGCUUCUUGCAUUAUAUUUGAAUUUCCUGUUUUGCGGACGUAAUUAUGAUUUGCCUGAAUUGAUUUUAUUCGCCUGUGAAAAAAGCUUGUUUGGGCAUUCUUGGAAAAUGAUUUUCAUAACCAUGGCAUACUACUCAUUAAUAUCUGAAAAGAACUGCCUGUUUGAAAUCUGUAGAAACUUCAUGAAAUUUUAUAAAAUUUUAGUGUAAGUCUUAGGUACAAAUAAUAAGAAAGCUUGUGUAUGUGUGCAUGCAUUAUCGUCUUGUAGUUGCUUUAUGGGUUUCACUAGGAGAUCUACCGGUCUGAUCGCUGUAGAACCAGAUGGUUUGGGUAAACAACCUCUCAUCAAUACUUUUUUUCUCUUGUUUCUUUGUGUUAUAGGAAAUAUAAGCUGGUGAGAUGGAGGGUAGCGAUUCAUCCCAGUCCCCGUGGGCAAACAUGGAAUAUGACGUUCUUGUGAAGAUUUUUAUGACCCUAAACCUGAUGGACUUGGUUUAUGGUGUUGCUGGGGUGUGCCAAUCCUGGCGUGCUGCAGCCCAUGACCCUCUUUUGUGGGAAAAGAUCGAUUUUACCAGCUCGAGCUCUCAUCCGAUCAUAGCUCGCCGUGUUUCCUACUGGGCCGACAUGCAUAGUCGUUUACGUUUUAAGCAAAUGUUAAAGACCAUUGCCAAGUUCAGUGGUGAUGCCGUCACCCGUCUGUACUUCAGUUUCUACAUAUAUGUGGACGACAAACAUAUCACAUAUGCUACUAAGAGAUUUCCGAAUAUCAAAUGGCUUGCUCUACCGGGGUGGAAUAACAUUAAUGAAACCACAUUCAUUCGUUCCCUUGCCGGAUGGAGAAAUCUCGAGUCCAUAACGUUCCCAUCCAUUUGCAGUCCGACCAGUGUAAUGAAAUUCCUGGGGGAACACUGCCAGAACUUCACGAAACUGAAGAUGAUCCACACCUUCGACUAUUCUUGCGCAGAGGCAGUUGUUAAUCUUCUCCCGAACCUGAAGGUUCUGAGUCUGCGAUCCUCCAUCGUCUACAAGGAUGCUCUCUACCACCUUGUGGAACACGCACCAAGCCUGCUCGCUCUGAAUGUAGCUCAUUGCCUUGUGUUUGAGUUGGACGAGCUUCCCACCUACCGGGAAAUCUUCGAACCCGUGACCUAUAAAGGACAUUCAAGAACUCACACUACUGGGUCACGAGCUCUUCUUCAACUGGAUACUGUUGCCCCAUUGUGUUCUAAGAUACUUUUGAGGUUCCUCUAACAGGAAAUGCUCGAACCCAUGACCAUUAAGGGACGGAUAAGAGCUCGUCAGCUAGAUAAUGUUGCCUCAUACUUAUGGGGUUUCUCUAACAGGAAAUGUUCAAACCCAUGACCGUUCAAGGGGCGGGCAAGAGCUUGAACCACUGGGCCACGAGCUAUGGCUCAACUAGAUACUGUUGCCACAUUGUGUUGUAAGAUACUUAUGUGGUUUCACUAACGCAGAAAUGCUUGAACCCGUGACCGUUAAGGGACGGACAAGAGCUCGAACCACAGGGCCACGGGCUAUGUUCAAAUAGAUAACGUUGGCAACAUUGUGUUGUAAGAUGAUCUUUGAGGUGGUGGUUUCACUGACAAGGAAACGGCACAUGUGACAGAUGAACAUCAGGCCGGUGAUGGAGAAGGAGGUGACGGAGAUGGCGAAAAGGCUGGAGAAGGUCAUAUGGUGCGACAGGAGGACUUGCCCGAGGU